CGUAUGGUUAUAUAAAAACCUGUUAAUCUUUUUCAAGCAUGGAUUUAAUGAAAUCAGAAAUUUGUGCGAAUUAUUUAGAUUUUCAGGAAAAGAUUAAAUCUUUACGUAAAAUUGAUGACGAUAUAAUUUAUGAAAUCAACAGAGCAAUACCUACAAAAUCCUUUGCCCAUAAUCUAAAUAUGUCUAAUAAAUGUGGAGAAAUUUAUAAAAAGUUAUCAGAUAAUUACAAAGAGAGGGAAAAUGUAAUAAAAGAUUGUAUAAUUUAUAACUUUGAAGAAAUUACAAGAUUAAAAAAUAAAAAUGAAGAAACUGAAACCCUAAAAAAAAUACGUGAUUUGCAAAUGGGAGUAAGAUUAAUGCAAAAUGAAUUUAAUAUUGAUGAAAUUAUCAAAGAUCGAACUCUACAAGUACUUCGUGAAAAAUGCAAAUCUAAUUUGAAAGUCAACCAGAAAUAAAGCAAUUCAUUUUGAUAUCAAAUAAUUAUGACAUAAAUCUGAUAUAUGAUGCAUUUAUCAAAUAAAAAAUCAUGUGAA